AUGGGAAAUUCUCCCAGGAAAUCGGAUAAAAACAAUGGUGAGGUAGGAAUAACAGAUCGACCUCCUGGCGUCUUCAAAGCGACCCGACGUAGUACGAGCUUGGCAUUAUUACAGCAAAGCGGUGCAUCCCCGAACAGUGAAAAUGCACACCAAGAUGCACCGUGUAAGAGACAUUCAGAUGAUCCUGGACGUGGUAUUGCCCGUGUGAAGCGUACGAAAGUCGGUCCACCCAAACUGAGUCAACCUGAUAGCGAUGAUUUCAUCGACGAUGUACCUAGACACGGUCUUAUGAAAAUUACGAAGGCCAAGCAUGACAAGGGUAAAUAUGAAAUAUCAGACGACGACACUUUCGACAAAUAUAUAGACAACUAUGUUGCUGACGAUGUUGGCGUUGGUUCUGACAUGGAUGAUGGGAAGUUCCUGAGCGUGAACCCAAGGUCGUCAGCGUCGAUUUUCGUUAAGGCAAUUUCUGACAUGUCUGACGUGAAAAAGCUUGCGAUACGGGAAAUGGGACUGGGGUGUUUACUGGAGUUGGGCAUAACAUCAACCCCGUCAAAAAUGGGGUUCUGGCUAGUAGAAAACUUCAACUACAUGGACCGGAAGCUGCAAUUAUACGAUGGUGAGAAGGUACACAUCAAGGAAGAUGACGUGUAUGUUGCGUUCGGGCUACCUCGUGGGAAGAUUGAAAUAAAAAAUAAGAAGAAGAGGGUUACAUCACGUUUGUUGGAUGAUUGGAUUGAGUUAUUCAAUGUUAAGUGUUCAACAAAUAUCACGGCUUCAAAGGUGUUGGACAAGAUGAAGGAGAGCGCUGAUGCUGAUGAUUGGUUCAAGCGCCAUUUUAUCGUCCUCAUGGUCUCUUGUCUGUUUGAGAGUUGUCCAAAUGGAAUGGCAAACUUCCGUUUGGUGCACAUGCUCGAAGAUUUAUCAACUGUAGCCAAUAUGAAUUGGUGCUCGUACAUGAUUCGGUGCUUGGUGGACAGCAAGAGAUCGUGGGAAGCGAACGGUAAACGGAAGUACACAGGGCCGUUGUUGUUCUUGACGGUCAGUUAA